AAUUUACGUUGUUUACUUAAAAAGAAUAAAAAGAAAAGCUAACACCCCUGAAGCCUCUGGAUCAUAAGGCAAAAGGAAAACCCAUCAUCCUCGUUGACUCUCCUCUCUGGCGAUCUCCCUUCAUUGUUGACUCACCAUUUCCCUGCCGACUUACCGCCAUUCGGUCUGUAGCUUUCAGUCAUCUUUCACAGACUCGUCACUGUUGACUCAUCCUCUAUCAUCGCUGCUUCAGAUCUCCUUGCGUUUCUGUAGGCAGCUAACUAUGUAGCCACGUUCUUACAAAGGCAUUAUAUACUGGAUCCUGUCAUUGAAGCAGAAGUGAGGAAAGCUUAUGAAGCCAACUUACAUUAUCGAUAACGUGUGGAGAAGUUUGAAAGCUUACUUGGAUACACCCUUAAGUUCAAAUAAAUACUCAAAAUCGUGAGAAGGGUGAAGAGUCAUCAACACAUAACUCAUAAUGGUUGUUCUAUCUGAACUUCCAGAAGGAUUUUCAUCUUCUUCAUCAACUCAUGGCCAUAGUCCAUCAACUUCUGGUCCUAGUUCAUCAACUCGGGAUCAUAGAUAUGAUGUAUUUUUAAGUUUUAGAGGUGUUGACACCCGUCUUAGUUUUACUAAUUAUCUGUAUGAGGCCCUUAUAGAUGCCGAUAUCACUACCUUCUUGGAUGAUGAAGAGAUUGAAACAGGGGAAGAUCUAAAACCAGAAUUGGAGAGUGCAAUUAUGGCAUCUCGGGCUUCUAUUAUUGUGUUGUCUAAGAACUACGCUUCUUCAACAUGGUGUCUGGAUGAACUGGUGUUGAUCCUUGAGCAGCGUAUGACAUCCAACCACAUCGUCAUCCCCAUCUUCUAUCAUGUGGAGCCCACCCAUGUCAGGAAGCAACAAAGUAGCUUUGGAGAGGCAAUGACUAAACAUAAACAGAAAAUGGAUGAAGAGACAGAUGAAAAUAAAAGAAGACGAUGGGCUCAAAAGAUAGAGAGAUGGAAGAAAGCACUUAUCGAUGUUGCUAAUUUAAAAGGAAAUGACGUAAAUGGCAGGUUUGAGAUAGAGUUUAUUGAAGAAAUUGUGAAGGACAUCUACCGUAGAUUACGUGUACCCUUAUUACAGAGUUUUCAGCCACUACUUAUUGGGAUGAAGUCUUCCAUUAACUUCAUCACUUCAUGGUUGAAAGAUGGAUCCUCACUUACGUCAGACAUACUCACUAUUUCGGGUAUAGGCGGGAUCGGGAAGACAUCUUUAGCCAAACAUGUCUAUGGGUUAUAUUGUCGUGAGUUCCAAACAAGCAGCUUUAUUGAAGAUAUUGGUAGGAGAUGUGAUGGAAAGUAUAAUGGGCUGCUUGAUAUACAAAAACAACUUUGCGGUGACAUUUCAAAAACAAGUCCAAUUCAAGUUUAUGAUGUUUCAAAAUACACAUCAAUGAUAGAGAAUGCAGUAGCUCGAAAAAGGGUGUUUCUUGUUCUUGAUGAUAUCAAUAGUAUUGAUCAGUUGGAUGCAUUACUUGGAAGCAAAGGUUUUCAUCCAAGAAGCAAAGUUAUAAUAACAACAAAGGACAGAUGGUUGACAGAGAGUUGUGCACUAUUCAAAACAAACAAUAAACCCAAGCAUGUAAAACACUUCCUUGAAGGCUUAGAUAAGAUUGAAUCACAACAACUUUUGUGUUCCCAUGCAUUCAUGUGUGACCAUCCCAAGGAAGGUUAUGAAGAGGUGUCGGAUAAGCUUGUGGAGUAUUGUCAAGGACAUCCAUUGGCUCUUGAAGUUUUGGGUAAGUCUCUGCAUAAUCGAGAUGUGACGUACUGGGAAGGGUACAUGGAAGGGCUAAAGAAAGAAAUUAGCUCCCCUGUAAAUAAUGUCAUAAAAAUGAGCUUUAGCUCUUUGCCAUCCAAAAAUGAUAAAGACUUGUUUAAGCAUAUUGCUUGUUUUUUUGUUGGAAUGUAUAGAGAUGUUAGCGAAACAAUAUUAGAGGCAUGCGAUAUAAACACAAGAUCCGGAAUCACGAAUCUCAUUGAUAGAUGUCUUCUUAGUAUUGGAUCGAAUAAUGAAUUGAAGAUGCAUCAGUUGGUUCAAGAGAUGGGAAGAUUCGAAGUACAUCAAGAAUCACCCGAUAAGCCAUGGAAGCGAAGUCGAUUAUGGUGUCAUAAGGAGUCAUUUAGAGUGUUGAAACAAAAAAAGGGUAAGGGGAAUCUCCUAGGCCUUUCCCUUGACAUGCACAUGCUUGAGAAAGAGAAGUUGAGAGGAUCAUUUGAGCUGAAGACAGAUGCCUUGAGUAACAUGGAUAAUCUUAUGAUACUACAACUCAAUUAUGUGCACAUGCAUGGGUCUUAUGAGAACUUUCCAGAAGAAAUAAGAUGGUUAUGUAUGCAUGGGUUUCAUUCAAAGUCUAUACCUUUAAACUUACCUAUAGAGAAUCUUGUUGCUCUUGACAUGUCAUAUAGCAAUAUUGAAUCAUUUGUCAGUUGUUAUAGUAAUCCACAACGACUUGAGAAGAGGCAAAGGGUGGAUGGAUCAUGCUUAAAAGAGAAAAGGUUGUUUGGUUCACUGAAGAUUCUUAUUUUAAGUUUUUGCAAACAACUUCAUAGUGUUGGUGACUUUGACCAACUCCCUGCACUUGAGAGGUUAAUACUUAGGAAUUGCAUUGGUUUGGUUGAUGUUUGUGAAUCAAUUGGGCAAUGUGUUGAGCUUAUCUUCAUCGAUCUGAGUUACUGCACAAAGCUUGAAAAACUUCCAAGAAAUAUAGACAUGUUAGAGAAGGUUAAAACAAUGUUGCUAGAUGGUUGUAAUCUUGUUGAAUCUCGAAUCAAGAAUAUGGAUAUGGAUUCACUGGAAAUGUGCAUGGUUACAAACAUUGGCAUCAACAGAGCCUUUGUGGGUUCUAUACCACGUGAUUUGAAGUCCUCUGCAAUGUCUUUACCGAGGUCUUUAGUAAGGUUGUCACUUGCAAAUAAUAAUAUAUCCCAUGACUCCUUUCCCGUGGACUUUAGUUGCCUAUCCAUGUUAAAGGAAUUAUAUUUAGAUGACAAUCCUAUCAAUUCCAUGCCUAGUUGUGUGAGAACCCUUCCUAGACUUGAGAUACUUAGUAUGGAGAUGUGUAAAAAUUUGAAGUCAGUCGAGUAUCCUCCACGUACACUAAAACAGUUGUUUCUUGACGUUGCUUAUGGGUAUCCUAUAGAGAAAGUUGUAUUUGAUCCAGAAAUGUCCCCACUCCAGCUAUCAAUAGACCCGUUAGACUGGACAUCUUCACUUGGGUUGAAUGAUUACGGAAUUGAAGGUGUGAUCAAAAUCCAAACAAUGAUGAAUGUUGAAGAAAAGGUAUUACGUAGCUUGGGCUGGACUAAGUUAGACUUCCUCAACGAAAGGCGCGUGGGAACUAAUUCUUCAGAAUCUGAAAUCCAGAUGAUGUUUUAUGAAUUUGGAAUAUUCAGCAUGUUGUACGAGGCUGAGGCAAUGCCGAGUUGGAUUAGGCAUAGAAGCGACGACCCCGACUUUCAAGCACAAAAGGAAAAGUGUUGGUUUAGAGCUUUAUCACCAAGGAAGCUUGACAUACUUGGUCCUGCAUGUGAGGGUAAGGGGGAAUCUUCAAGAUCUCGUCCUUGACAUGAAAAUGCAUGAGAAAGAGAGGCUGUCUGAAUUCAAAAUAGAUGCAUUUAGUAAAAGAUGGGUGACCAAAUGCUAUUGUAACUCAAUUUCAUGAAAUUCAACGAGUUAUAUCCAAACUUUUUCCAGAAUAAUUAAAAUGGUUUGCUUGUUGUCACCUCUAGUAAGGAUAUAUCUUUUCAGUUUUUAUUUUGAUAGUUGUAUAUUUGGUUGCCAAAAACAAUAUGAAUGAUUUUUGAGUUAAUUAAUACACAUGUAAGGAAUAUGUUGUAAGUCGU